AUGGAGUUAGAGAAGACCAUAAGACUACUAAAGGAGGGGAAGCACUUAUCUGAGGAGAGGGUAUACGACAUAUGCCUGAAGUCCCAGGAGUUGCUGAUUACCGAAGGGAAUGUUACGCAUGUGGACACACCCGUGACGAUAUGUGGAGAUAUUCAUGGACAAUUACACGAUCUAUUGACGUUAUUUGAGAAGAGUGGAGGUGUGGAGAAGACGCGGUACGUAUUUCUUGGGGAUUUCGUCGACCGUGGAUUCUAUUCAUUGGAGUCAUUUCUCCUGUUACUUUGUUACAAGAUUCGAUACCCAGAUAGAAUAACUUUAAUUCGAGGGAACCAUGAGACUAGGCAGAUCACGAAAGUGUAUGGUUUUUACGAUGAAGUGAUGAGAAAGUACGGAAACAGUAACGUUUGGAGAUACUGUUGCGAAGUCUUUGAUUAUCUUUCAUUGGGUGCGAUAAUAAACAACCGAAUAUUUUGCGUUCAUGGUGGGCUUUCACCUGAUGUGAGUACUAUAAACGAAAUUAAGGCCAUUGAUAGAAAACAGGAGGUACCACAUGAAGGUGCAAUGUGUGAUUUGCUGUGGAGUGACCCGGACGAUGUAGAUAAAUGGUCAUUAUCACCAAGAGGAGCAGGAUUUUUAUUUGGUAGUAACGAAGUGGAGGAAUUUUUACAUACGAAUGGAUUUGAAUUGAUUGCUAGAGCGCACCAGUUGGUUAUGGAGGGUUAUAAGGAGAUGUUUGAUGGUGGGCUAGUCACAGUUUGGUCUGCGCCGAACUAUUGUUACAGAUGUGGGAACGUUGCAGCUGUGCUGAAGAUAGACGAUCAAUUAGAAAGGAAUUACACCAUAUUCGACGCAGUACAACCACAGGAUGGUGUUGGAAAUGCGAUAAUCCCAACGAAACAACCACAAAUGGACUACUUCUUGUGA